AUGGCCUCGUCACAAGUCAAGAUGGUCCUCAUCAGCCUCUUCCUCCUUGUUCUGGGACCGGACUUCGUUCUCGCCACCACUCCUGGCUAUGCCUGCACCAAUGGUCUUGCUCCCUGCGGCACUGGCUGCUACAACCCUGCCGCCGCCGAAUUCUGCUGCACUGAUGCUUCGACCACUUGGGCUUGCUCGUCGUCUUACGCGAUCGAGAAUCCUCAGACCAGUCCAACCGUCACCUCCCUCCUUACCACGACAGAAGGGACCAUUACUCGAACACUUUCUCUGACGAUCAACGACCCCGAGAACUCUGCUGUCCAGCCUACCUCAGUCUCAGCCAGCUCUAUUCCGGCGAUCAAUGACUUGCCUGGCAGUGAUUCCGGAUAUCUUGCUUCCGGUUCUGUUGCAUCAACACCCCCUCCUACCUGUAUCCCAUCCACUGUGACGGUCACGACUGUGGUUUUCAGUACCGUUGCCUCCCUCAGCACUAGCCCAGGUAGCAGUUCCACAUCGUCCUUCACGAAUACGACAGUCGGCUCUGAGACAGGUCUUACGUCAAUCACUGUGCAGACAGAAACACAAUCCAUUCUUAUCUCAACUGCCAUCACACAGCCAUCUACAUCCACCGAUGUUGAGGCCACUACGGAAUCUGCGUCAGGUAGUAUUGAUGGAGGUACAGCUGCGAGCUCGGCUACGACUGGCACCGGCCAGCCAACGCCAUCAUCAUACAAUCCCUCAAAUAAUCGCGGGUGUGACACCACCAUUCCCUUCACCUUGGGGUUGUGGAUGCUCUUCAUCGGCGUCAUCUUCGUCUAA